AUGGUUGAAGAAGAUAUUACUAAUAUUUCCCACUAUAUACUGUCUCUCUCUGUAUCAUACGCUAUUCUCUUUGCCAUUUUGUAUUACACCAUGGGCAUUAAAAAAUGGGAAGUGAAUAAAAAUGAAAAGGAAACUGUGCACAUGGAAUCGAUUGAAAAUGUUGAAAGGCAACCACCAAAAGCAUCAACAAUGCCACCAAAUAAGUCAACAGAGCAAUCAGAAAAAUCAGCAAUGCAACCUGACAAAUCAGCGGCGCAUCAGAAACAUAAAAGUGAAGAUGAUGCGAACUUGUUGACAAGAGGUCUCAGUGCAGAAUCGCUUCUACACAGCAAAAAGUGGUGGCAUGGUCCUUCAUUUUUGUUGUCCGAUGAACUCGUGAGUGAAUUUGACUGUCCAGUGCCAAAUGAAGAAGAAUAUUUACCAGAACUAAAAUCCAAAAACUCAGUAGAAACUACAGUCUUGACUUUAAAUCAUGACAAAACCUUUUUUGAUAAUCUGAUUAAUCGUAGCAAUAGAUUUUUAACUAUAGUUCGAAUUUGCAGUUAUCUUUUCAGGUACAUUCAUAACUUGAGAAAUCCAGAGAAAAGGAUUCUUGGUCCUCUGAAGGUAGAAGUAUUGUCCAAUGCUGAAACCUAUCUAAUUCGCUGCUUGCAGGAGCAAGAGUUUCCAAAAGAAUUAACUGCUCUAAAGUCGGGAGGUAGCAUUUCCAAUAAAAGUAAGAUAUUUAAUCUAUCUCCUAUUCUAGAUGAAGAAGGGUUAUUGAGAGUGGGUGGCAGACUAGAAAAUUCUCAAUUAUCGUACUCGAGUAAACAUCCCAUUUUAUUGCCAUCUAAAUGUAAGUUAACUGAAAUUAUCGUUAAAUACUAUCAUGUUAAGUAUUUUCAUGUUGGUGCACAACAUCUACUUUUUCAGGUUAGACAAAAAUAUUGGCCCAUUCAUGGUAGGAAUUUGAGCAAAAAAAUCGUGCACAGUUGCAUAGUUUGCUUUAAAGCAAAUCCUAAAGAGUAUAAUCAAAAGAUGGGUAAUUUGCCGAAGGAAAGAAUAACACCUGAUAAAGUUUUCAGUUCUACUGGAAUAGAUUUAUGCGGACCAUUCUUUAUUAAAAAUAAAUAUCAGAGGAAAGGUCCUGAAAUUAAAAUCUACGUUUGUAUAUUCAUAUGUUUAGUAACAAAGGCUAUACACCUUGAGCCAAUCAGUGACUUGACUUCGCAAGCUCUCAUAGCGACGCUUAAACGAUUCAUUGCCCGAAGGGGUAAAUGUCGUAAAAUCUUUUCAGAUAACGGAACUAACAUGGUAGGGGCUAAUAAAGAACUUAAUUGUUUGUUUAAGAUGGUAAAGGGUCGAGAGGAUUCAUUAUUUGCAUUUUUUGGCGAAGAAAAAAUUGAAUGGAGCUUUAUUCCCCCAAGGAGCCCAAAUUGGGGAGGGUUUUGGGAAGCAAACAUUAAAUCAUUUAAAUUUCAUUUUAAGCGAGUAGCAGGGAACUCUAAAUUUAAUUACGAAGAAUUUUUAACACUCGUAACUCAAAUAGAGGCAAUAUUGAACUCUCGACCUCUUACUCCUCUUAGUUCUGAUAUUGAAGAUUUAGAAGUGCUGACACCGGCACAUUUCUUAAUAGGGAGGCCGAUAACGGCCAUAGUUGAACCAUCACUAACUGAUAUAGAGCCAAGUCGUUUAAACUCUUGGCAGAGAAUUACCAAGUCAGUACAAACUAUCUGGAAACGAUGGAGCCUUUCUUACCUGAAUAGCUUACAGCAAAGAAAAAAAUGGAAUACCGUGCUAACAAAGCUAGCUCCUACUGAAUGA